UGAGCUGCUCUCCUUUUGCCCGAUUUGGGGUCAAUGCGUACAUUCGGUCCAUAUUUCUCCUUCAUGCACGUAAAAGUCGUUGGUAAUCAAAUCACUCAUGCAUAGUGCCAGUUUCUGAACAUUUUAGAAGAUCAAGAAUGUUUCCUGGCCUUGAUGCCGUUGACAGGCUUACUUGUUGACAUCAGCUUCAGCUCAGUUCAGGAUCUUUGACUUUGUCACACUCAGCUCACCGUAACUCACCCCGAGUUUGCCGUAGCUGUAACCAAUAUUUUUUUCGGAGUUCCAAGUGACAGUUAUUUUUGAAGUUCGGCCUAUGAUUUGAGAAUUAGGACCAGCUGCCAACCGGCAUUUCAGCCCGAGGCUGGCAAGGACAAGUCAGUAAGGGUGCAGCGACUACAGGAGCGGAAAAUCGAGACUUGACUUGAUCACUCAGUAGUCCAUUUGUAAUGCUGUUGCCCUUGGAUGGGUACUGUGAGUUCGACUAGAAAUAUCAUCACGCAUGGCUCCUAGUCCAAGACGUCCCUGGACAGCAGCACAACUGAACAAAUUUUGAAAGUAGACGGUGAAACUUGCGGCACGAAUUUGACAAGUACUGUUUCUGCAGCUUGCGAAAGCCGGUCGUGAGCCCGUCCUGGCUACUACUUAUAGGAUUAGGAGACCCGUCUCUUUUAUCCCCAGAUUUCCUGGCUGCAACUAUGGGUUCAGAAAGUGUGCUGACUUGGAUCAAGAAAGUCCUCUCAAGUGAGACGCUAGCAGUAGCUGACCUGUCGGAGGCCUGGAAUGAUGGAGUUCUUUUCUGUGAAGUAGUGAACUGCUUGGCACCAGAUGCAGGGCUAUGUACUCCAACGGAUGACAGGAAAUCCAACAUCUUGUUGGCAUUUGAAAAGGCUGAAGAAGUUUUAGGCUUCGCUCCAUGUGCUGAAACUGCCGAAGAUAUCAUUGCCACUGAUCCAGUACCUGAAGAGAGUGUUUUGUCAUUUUUAUACGCGCUGGCAGAUGAACUUUCACCAACUCUAGAUGAGUUUGAGUUGGGAGACCCGUCGAGCGCAAGCAGUUCUAAGAGAGCAGCUGCUCGUGAACGCCGCACCUAUUCAUCAGCCAGUCGUAGGUCUCCUUCACCCUAUCGCUGCAAAGGAGUCUCUGAAUCGGUACUUCUAGAACAACAGAGAGCAAGUUUACCCGAGGCACCGUGCACUCUUAAUAGUGGACAGGGACUGUGUGCGACUUUACGAGACGAUGCGUUUGCUGAGGACGAUACCCUGGCAGCUAAUAUCCAGGAAAAGCAUGACCAGCAAUGCGAGGAUCGUGACGAGCAACCUACCAAGCCAGAUAGCGGGAUUGGCGAAACUGAAGGGAGCCCUGUUCUAAUGGCCAGGGGUGAUGAGUCCAGUUCUGAUGUUGCUGUUGCCAGCUCUGUAGAUGAGAAGGAAGCUAGGACUGCUGUAAGUGAGAAAGAUGAUGACCAGGACGCAAGUAGCAGGAAAGCUGAGACUACUGCCAGUGACCAGACAGUAGAGAGUGUCACAGGAAAGGAGACUGAUAAGCCAGCGCACGGUGUUGUUGACAGCUCUGUAGAUGAGAAGGAAGCUAGGACUGCUGUAAGUGAGAAAGAUGAUGACCAGGACGCAAGUAGCAGGAAAGCUGAGACUACUGCCAGUGACCAGACAGUAGAGAGUGUCACAGGAAAGGAGACUGAUAAGCCAGCGCACGGUGUUGUUGACAGCUCUGUAGAUGAGAAGGAAGCUAGGACUGCUGUAAGUGAGAAAGAUGAUGACCAGGACGCAAGUAGCAGGAAAGCUGAGACUACUGCCAGUGACCAGACAGUAGAGAGUGUCACAGGAAAGGAGACUGAUAAGCCAGCGCACGGUGUUGUUGACAGCUCUGUAGAUGAGAAGGAAGCUAGGACUGCUGUAAGUGAGAAAGAUGGUGACCAGGACGCAAGUAGCAGGAAAGCUGAGACUACUGCCAGUGACCAGACAGUAGAGAGUGUCACAGGAAAGGAGACUGAUAAGCCAGCGCACUGUGUUGUUGACACUGAGAAUAUUGACGGUGCAUCCGAUCAAGUGCAUGCACAGAGUCGUGAAGACGGUGAACCAGCAGCAGAUCUGGUGUCUAGUACAUGUAGCAAGAAAGCGCAGACUGCUACCGAGGAUAAGCCACCAGAGUCCAGCACUGAACAUACGCCGAGUGCUAGUACAUUGGAUGUGCACGUCAAGUCGGGCACUCCUAAUAAACCUGCUAGGAAAAGCAGCACUAGUCCUUUGCGCUCCACUUUUGAUGCUGGUCAUCCACUUAACAUUGCUGCUGCAAUGAUUACAAAACCGAGCACCAUUGCCAGUGGACAGCCGGCUGACACGAGUAGCAGCUGCAACACCGGUGUGAAAAGCGAACGGUCUGCACCGGGAUCAGCUGAUACUAGUGACACUGGUGGUGAACUCACGGACACUGCAACCCCACAAGAAGCUGGGGCCAAGAAGAAGCUUCCUCCUUCGGCCUCUAUGCGGAAGAAGAAUAGAGCUCCCAAUCCUGUUGUACCGAAGCCUGAAGACCUGGAUGCUGCCAUAAGGCCACACGAGUCUGUCCCUGAAGGUUGCUGCAAUAUGUGCGGUGAGAGAAUCUUUGAAAUCGAAAAGCUCGAGCUGGAGGGAGUCGCCAUUCAUCGCAAGUGCCUGCGUUGCCACAUCUGCAAGAAGCCACUGCAGAUGCAGACAUAUGAAGUGUUCAGCAAUAGGUUUACGUGUUCGCACCAUUACCGCAUGAUGAGAUUGCGAAUCCAAGCUAGCGUGGCGCAGGCUGACAGUGGAGCUGUCCAGUCUCUGGAAACUUCCCAGUCAUUUUGCCAAGACAUACAAAAGCUGAAGGAUGAGAUGAAUAUCCGGGGUGGUUCUAGGCGCAAGCGAACCGCUCCUCUUCCCCCGAAAGCCGGUGUGGUAUUGGCUCAGCGCUCUACCUCAUUGGUUACUGAAGCCGAGAUCGCAUUGGUGGCCGAAAAGAAAGAAAAUUCAAUGCAGCGGCGAAGUACUAAGAAGAAAAGAGCACCUUUGCCACCUAAGCAGCGCUCAACAACUGUGUUCUAUGUUGCCCCCUCUGAAGAUGAAUCAAUUUCAGAAUCGGCUCCCACAUCUCUUAGUAUGGAUCCUGCCCCAGCAGCAACUCCAGCAGCGCCGGUCAACCGAAGGAUGAAGCCGAAAGCGCCUCCAGCGCCAGAUGUUUGCAGGCGUCAUCGUCAGCACAUUGUUGAUGAGUGUGAGCUGAGCAUGUCCGAGUUGAAUGCUAAGCUGGAGCAGUUGGAUCGUGACCAGCGUGUUCUGGAAGAGGUUGCUGCUGAAGUUGAAGAUAGACUGUCAUCUACGUCUUCCUUUGCCGAACAGCAUGCUGGUCUUGUGAAGAAGCUCAACGUCCUCAAAUCAAAGAAGAAGGCUUUGGUUGCAGACGAAAACUUCUAUGUUUAUCAGCGAAUGGACUUGGAGCUUAUCAAUGAAAGAACUCAUUUGGAAGGUCUUAUUCAAGAGCUCAUGUCGAAGGACGAGGCUGACAAAACAGAUGAAGAUCGUGCUCACGAGGAAGCUCUUGUGAAUGAGCUGGUUGCUGUUGUGGAGGAACGCAAUCGUCUCCUGACUUGUUUAGAAGAGGAUCCUGAUGAAGACACCGAAGUUGCGGGUGAGAAGGGAGCCGCCAGUAAGAUGGAUAAGGCUAAAGCCAAGAAGGAGCUGAAAGAGAAGAAAGAGCGUGAAAAACGUUUGGAAAAGGAGCGAAAAGAGAAGGCAAAACAGGAACUGAAGGAACAAAAAGAACGUGAGAAGCUGGCAAAGAAGGGAGAAGCCCCACUUCCCAAUGUUUGGAAGUCUAGUGCCAAGUAGUUCUCUUUACUGUCUGCCAUAAACCUUUGUAUGCUGCGUUUAGUCCUGGUUCUUCACCUGUUUUGGCUGAUGCCAACUCACACAGAUCACAAUUUUGAAUAUAUCUCGUCACUUUUACAGAGAUCCAAAACGUUUUUAUUCUAUCUUAGGCCCUAGCUGUCUCUUAGGCCCUAGCUGUUUUGUGGUAUCUGCUUGGGUUUUUUAUUAUUAUUAUUAAAAACUGGCACUUUUCAUUUUUAAGCUGGUCUCCAAGGAAGAGACUUACUGGCAUCACCCUUCGGUCUGUGUAUCAGUUUAUAGACUGCAGUCAACCUAGAUCAAUCCUCUGCCCCGCCGAUUCUGGCACCUCCUUGAAAAUAUUCAGAAUACUCAGUUUAUUUUGGGCGACAAGAGAAAUUCAGUUUAGUACUAUAGUAGGACUUAGCCACGUGCCACCCUUCUUUACAGUAUAUUACUAUACAGAGAGAAGUUCCCUGUUCUACUCUUCAGCUUGUACAUUUUUUAAAUUUGUGAAUUGCUUUCGCAUCUUCACCGCAGUGCUCCACAUUAGCUUUUUGACAUGCUAUUGCUUUCCCCAAUUCCCCCUCUAUUCACAUACAUGUUGGUACUGUGCUGUGCUCACUGACGUCGGUAGCUUAUGGUAUUUCUGCUGAUCACGUUUAUUGCUUAUUAGCACACUGUUCUUUUGGUCUCUAGCGGUGUCAAUGGCCGUGUGUGCAGAGCAUUGCCAUGUUAUGUAUGUUAGUGUAAUUCUUUUUCGAAAUUUGUGGAGCUUCUCUCAUUCUCUCAUUAGAUAAUAAUAUUCUGCCGGUCCAGUUUUUGUUUGCGUGUUUGACUUUCGUUUGCACUCUCACUUUGAAGGAAUGAUGUUAGUGUCAGAUACAGCCUAAACAUGAUUAUGCCGUGCAGUUUUCUGUCCCCCGUGAAUUCCGCGAUUCCGCGGAUUGCAGAAUUUCCGCAGAAUACAGUAGUAUUUUCAAA